CUUCCGUCUAGACACGGCUGCAUUGCUUCCGCUCUGAAGAAAACAUGGAGGCACAGUGAGAAACAUUCAUCCCUAGUAGAUGUUGAAGUGUCACAAUGAAUCGACCAAAACCUACAACACUCAGGCGGCCUAGUGCUGCAAAACCCUCAGGCCACCCUCCACCAGGAGACUUCAUUGCCCUGGGGUCAAAGAGUUCAGCUAGUGAGCCCAAAGCACCUGCCCUCCUGAAACCAACUUCAGCAGGCUUGCCGUCUGACCGCAAGAGAGAGACCACCUCCGCCCUCCCCUCUUCCUCGGGUCUCUCCAGCUUGGCCAAGCGUCCAAAGCUGUCCUCCACACCCCCCAUAAGUGCACUGGGACGCCUGGCAGACGCUGCAGCCGUUGAUAAGAGAGCCAUCUCUCCAUCAAUCAAGGAGCCGUCUGUUGUUCCUAUUGAAGUUCCCCCUGCCGUUCUUCUGGAUGAGAUUGAGGCUGCGGAGGCUGAGGGCAAUGAUGACCGCAUCGAGGGGGUGCUCUGUGGUGCCGUGAAACAGCUCAAGAUCAAUCGGGCCAAACCGGACUCCACACUCUUCCUUAGCCUGAUGUUCCUGGCCAAAAUCAAGCCAAACGUCUUUGCCACUGAGGGUGUGAUUGAGGCGUUAUGCAGUCUGCUGAGACGAGACGCCUCCAUCAACUUCAAGGCCAAAGGCAACAGCCUGGUGUCUGUGCUGGCCUGCAACCUGCUCAUGGCAGCCUAUGAAGAAGACGAGAACUGGCCAGAGAUCUUUGUCAAGGUAUACAUUGAGGAUUCCUUGGGAGAGCGUAUAUGGGUGGACAGCUCCCACUGCAAGACGUUUGUGGACAACAUCCAGACGGCCUUUGGCACCAAGAUGCCGCCCAAGAGCAUGCUGCUGCAGGCAGAGACGGGCCGCUCCGGAGGAGACCUCAGCGCAGGUAACAGUCCACACCCCUCCACUCCAGACGAGGAUGACAACCAGGCAGAGCUGCUCAUAGCGGAGGAGAAACUCAGCCCAGAGGACGACGGACAGGUCAUGCCCAGGUAUGAGGAGCUGGCGGAGAGCGUCGAGGAGUAUGUGCUGGAUGUGCUGCGCGACCAGCUGAACCGGCGGCAGCCCAUGGACAACGUGUCCCGCAACCUGCUGCGGCUGCUCACCGCCACCUGUGGCUACAAGGAGGUGCGCCUCAUGGCCGUGCAGAGGCUGGAGAUGUGGCUGCAGAACCCCAAGCUGACUCGCCCAGCUCAGGACUUGCUGAUGUCUCUGUGUAUGAACUGCAACUCGCAUGGUGCUGACGACAUGGAGGUCGUCUCCAACCUCAUCAAGAUCCGCCUCAAGCCCAAAGUGCUCCUCAACCACUACAUGCUGUGUGUCAGGGAGCUCCUGAAUGCGCACAGGGAUAACCUGGGGACCAUGGUGAAGCUGGUGAUCUUUAACGAGCUGUCCAACGCCCGCAACCCCAAUAACAUGCAGGUGCUGCACACGGUGCUGCAGCACAGCCCAGAGCAGGCGCCCAAGUUCCUGGCCAUGGUGUUCCAGGACCUGUUGACCAAUAAGGACGACUACCUGCGGGCCUCCCGGGCCCUGCUGCGGGAGAUCAUCAAGCAGACCAAGCACGAGAUCAACUUCCAGUCCUUCUGCCUGGGCCUCAUGCAGGAGAGGAAGGAGCCCACCUACAUGGACAUGGAGUUCAAGGAGCGCUUUGUGAUCCAGGUGACAGACCUGCUGACUGUCUCCAUGAUGCUGGGCAUCAACGCUCAGGUCAAGGAGGCUGGCGUCGCCUGGGACAAAGGAGAGAAGAAGAACCUGGAGGUUCUGAGGUCAUUCCAGAACCAGAUAGCUGCCAUCCAAAGAGAUGCUGUGUGGUGGCUGCACAGCGUCAUUCCCACCAUCAGCAAGCUGGGGGCCAAGGACUACGUCCACUGCCUUCACAAAGUCCUCUUCACAGAGCAGCCCGAGACUUAUUACAAGUGGGACAACUGGCCUCCAGAGAGCGACAGGAAUUUCUUCCUACGUCUGUGCUCGGAGGUGCCGCUGCUGGAGGACACCCUGAUGCGCGUGCUGGUGAUCGGGCUGUCGCGGGAGCUGCCCCUGGGCCCCGCUGACGCCAUGGAGCUGGCCGACCACCUGGUCAAGCGUGCCGCGGGCGCCAUGUCCGACGACAUGGACGUGUUGAAGGUGGAGAGGAUCCAGCUGAUUGAUGCGGUGCUGAACUUGUGCACCUACCACCACCCUGAGAACAUCCAGCUGCCAGCUGGCUAUCAGCCGCCCAAUCUGGCCAUCUCCACUCUCUACUGGAAAGCCUGGCUGCUGCUGCUGGUGGUGGCUGCGUUCAAUCCCCAGAAGAUAGGUCUGGCAGCCUGGGAUGGCUACCCUAGCCUCAAGAUGCUGAUGGAAAUGGUCAUGACCAAUAACUACUCCUUCCCUCCGUGCACUGUGGCGGACGAGGAAACCAAGAACGAGAUGAUCAGCCGCGAGCUGCAGGUGUCCACGCGGGAGAAGCAGGACAUCCUGGCCUUCGAGAGUCACCUGGCCGCCGCCUCCACCAAGCAGACCAUCACGGAGAGCAACAGCCUGCUGCUCUCCCAACUCACCAGCCUCGACCCACAGGGUCCCCCUCGCCGGCCGCCUCCCCAGAUCUUGGAGCAGGUGAAGACCCUGAACCAGUCCCUGCGUCUGGGACACCUGCUCUGCCGCAGCCGCAACCCCGACUUCCUGCUCAACAUCAUCCAGAGACAGGCCUCUUCCCAGUCGAUGCCCUGGCUUGCCGACUUGGUCCAGUCCAGCGAGGGCUCCUUGGACGUGCUGCCCGUGCAGUGCCUGUGUGAAUUCCUGCUCCACGACGCAGCUGAAGACGUGACUGCCUUGGAUGACGAUGACGAGGGAGAGAGCAAGGAGCAGAGGGCCAAGAAAAGACAGCGUCAACAGAAGCAGCGUCAGCUCCUCUUGCGUCUGCAGGACCUGCUGCUGGGGCCCAAGGCGGACGAGCAGACCACUUGCGAGGUGUUGGACUACUUCCUGCGGCGCCUGGGCUCCCCGCAGGUGGCCUCCAGGGUGCUGGCCAUGAAGGGUUUGUCUCUGGUGCUGACAGAGGGCGGGCUCAAGGAUGGCGAGGAGCGAGACCAGCCAAUGGAAGAGGACUCCAGCGAUGCCGAGUUGUUGCCCGGUUACCAGUGGCUGCUGCAGGACCUGCCCAAACUGCCGCUCUUCGACAGCGUCAGGGGCAUGACCGCCAGCGCACUGAGACAGGCUAUCCACAUGGAGACGGACCCCCAGACCAUCAGUGCCUACCUGAUCUACCUGUCCCAGUACGCCCCUGUGGAGGAGCAGGGGGCACACAACGACCUGGCCCUGGAUGUGGCCAGGCUGAUUGUGGAGCGCUCCACCAUCAUGAACUGCCUGUUCGCCAAGCACUCGUGCCGGCCCGAGUCCGACGCCGUCCUCACCGCCCUCAUCACCAUCUUCUCAAACUACACCCGCAGGAUGAGGAAGACCAAGGAGGGGGAGGACCUCUACAGCUGGUCUGAAUCCCAGGAUCAGGUGUUCCUUAGGUGGACCACUGGAGAGACGGCCACCAUGCACAUCCUGGUGGUCCAUGCCAUGGUCAUACUGCUCACGCUAGGGCCGCCUAAAGUCGGCGAAAGUGAUUUCUUCAACCUUUUGGACAUCUGGUUCCCGGACAAGAAGCCCCUCCCCACCGCUUUCCUGGUAGACACCUCAGAGGAAGCCCUCCUGUUACCCGAUUGGCUGAAGCUACGGAUGAUCCGUUCUGAAGUGGCCCGAUUGGUUGAUGCAGCACUUCAGGACCUUGAGCCCCAGCAGCUGCUGCUGUUUGUGCAGUCGUUUGGCAUCCCCGUGUCCAGCAUGAGCAAGCUCCUGCAGUACCUGGACCAGGCCGUCUCCCACGACCCACAGACGCUCGAGCAGAACAUCAUGGACAAGAACUACAUGGCCCAUCUGGUUGAGGUGCAGCAUGAGCGUGGUGCCACAGGGGGGCACACUUUCCACUCCUUGCUCAGCGCAGCUCUCCCGCCACGCUCCGACACUGCAGAGGUGAGCAAGGCCAAGGUGACUGUGGAGACGGCACACGGCUCGCUGAAGAUGCGCACGGCCACUCAGCUGCCGGUCAUCAGCCCUGACGAUGACCUCACUGCCAUCCUGCUGCAGCUUUUCCCGCUGAAGGUGGACCCGCGCUGGCCUCCUCCCGCCCCACGGCCCCUCUCCCUGGCCCUGCAGCAGGCGCUGGCCCAGGAGCUGGUGCGGGCCAGGAAGGCUCUAGUGGCCGGUCCUCCUCCUCAGCAGCAGCAAGGGGGGGGUGUAGCGGUGCGCUUGCUCCAGGCCCUGGCGGCGCUGCUCAACACGGCCCACGCCGGAGCCCUGGUGCUGGCCAUGCACCGCAGCCACAACCUCUCCUGCCCGCUGCUGCGCCAGCUGCACCUCUACCAGAGGCUGGUGUCGCAGGACGUGCCCUUCUCCUCGCUCUUCUUCAACGCGGUGGUGCAGAUGCACCGCUGGCUGGAGAACCCCGCCGUGGAGCCAGGACCCCUGCAGACCCUCCUCAAGUCACUGGCGGCACAGUCCUCCCACAAGCACGCCCUCUCCGACGUGCGUGCCGGGUUCCUGCACCUGGCGGAUGUGUUGUCCCUUCGGCGGGACUCGGAGGUGGCCGUGAAGACCCUCAUCGCCAGCCUCAGGGCCGGGGAGAGGUGCAACGCAGAGCCAGAGCUCAUCAGGAAAGUGCUGAAAGGCCUGAUGGAGAUCCGUUCUCCGUACCUGGAGGAGCUGUUGUCUCGGCUGAUGUCCAACAGCACACCGGGGUCAGUGGCCAUGAUCAUCUCUCUACUGCUACAGGAGAUCGACGAGCAGGCUGUCAAGAUGGAGACCGAUUGCAAACCUGGUGAGAUGAGCAGAGCUGGGGCCAACUCGGGGCUGCUGGUGGACUGGCUGGAGAAGCUGGACCCUGAGGUCAUCUCCACCUGCCCAGAGCUCCAACAGAAGCUCCUCUUCGCAUUGAAUAAGGCCAAAGGGUCUCAGGUGGUCCUGGCUCCCUCGUACAGGCCAUACCUGCUGGCCCUGUUGACCCACCAGUCCAACUGGGGCACCCUGCACCGGUGCAUCAGCACCCUGCUCCACAAGCACCGUGACCAGAGACUGGACCCCAGCCCAGCUCUGGACUUCCUGUGGGCAUGUGGGCAGAUUCCUCGUAUCUGGCAGGGCCGUGACCAGAAGACGCCACAGAAACGCACAGAGAAGUUCAUGCUGCGCCUGAAACCGGAGCAGCUAACCAGCUUGGUGGACCUGAUCCUGGCUGAGUCUGAGCUGGACUGCCACGACCCGUCCUCCGGUAGCGGUGGCGGCGCUGGUGGUACCAGUACUGGUGUGGGUGGUGGUGGUGGUGGUGGUGCCAAGACCACAGGCCUGGACCCCGCCUCCUGCACGCUCAUCCAGUCCCGGCUGCCGCUUUUGCACAGCUGCUGCCACGGCGACCUGGACAGCGUGAAGAAAGUGGCAGAGUACCUGAUCAACUGCGCCAGGAAAUGGGGAGACAGUGUGAUGAGCAAGCGUUGCCAGAACCUGCUGCUGCAGAUCUACCUGCACUUCCCCCAGGUCAUCCAGCGCCUCAGCCUGCCAGAGGCCGCGCUCAGCAGCCAGGGGGCAGCAGAGGGCAGCACCUGUAAGCUGGAUGUGCUGGUGCACCGUCUGAUGUCUCUGCUGGGGGACACGGGAGACUCCAAGUCCGCCGAGAGCCGGGCGUCAGACGCCAACCUGGCCUGCAGGAGACUGGCCGUGUCGCACCCGGUGCUGCUGCUCAGACACCUGCCCAUGAUGGCUGCGCUGAUGCACGGGCGCGUGCACCUGAACCUGCAGGAGCUGCAGCAGCAGAACCACCUGAGCUUCUUCAACGACGCGCUGGCCAUCCUGGAGCUGCUCACGCCGCUCGUCUUCCACACACACCACCAGGGGGCACUGCACGACUGCCUGCUCUCAAUCAUCAAGAUACUACAGAACUUCAGGAGGUCCCGCUCUCCCUCUGCCUUCAUCAGCAAGUUUGUGCACUUCAUCCAGAAAUACAUUACCCACGAUGCCUCAGCUGCUGUCACCUUCCUACAGAAGCACUCUGAUAUCCUACAGGGUCUGUCCUCAGAGAACCCCGACUUGGUGCAGCUGAAGUCUCUGCUGGCUGGGCUGACCCUGCCUGUGAGGAGCGGCUCCUCUGAGAGUCAUGCAGAAGACAGAGACGCAGAGGACUCCAACCCUGGCUCCAACCUGCCCCUGGUCAGCAUCUCGUCCGCCACACCGGUGACGGCUGGAGACAUGACCAAGUACCUCAGGAAGAUGUCCAGAGGGGAGGCCGUGGAAGACGUGCUGGAGGUCCUGACUGAAGUGGAGGAGAAGUCCAAGAGGAGCCCGGAAAUAAUUCAGCACUUCACCAAUGAUCUCCAGAGGCUGAUGAGUUCCCCUGAGGAGCUGUGCAGGAACAUGGCCUUCAGCUUGGCCCUACGCUGCCUCCAGAACACACCCAGCCUGGCUGCUGAUUUUCUCCCUACCUUCAUGUACUGUAUGGGGAGUGGAAACUUUGACGUGGUCCAAACGGCCAUCAGGAAUUUACCAGAAUAUGUACUGCUCUGUCAAGAGCAUGCUGAUAUACUGCUCCACAAAGCUUUCCUUGUGGGGAUGUACGGACAGAUUGACACAAGCUCCAUCAUCUCUGAGUCCAUGAAGGUCCUGCAUAUGGAGGCCACCACAUGAGGACAACUGCAGCAGCAGCAUUACCAGGAGGAGGAGGAGGAGGAGGAAGCAGAGAACUGUCAUGAUUUGUUGAAAUGAACAUUCAGCCCCUACGUUUUUUGUUUGUUUGUUUUUUUGGGGUUUUUUUUUUACUGUCGCUGCCACUAGUUGCACACACCUCAAACUUGUCAUUUUGUUUCUCUUCAAAAAGUGUCAUCAUUGUUUUGGAACGCUCUUAGGUUUGGAACAUUAUUUCGUUAGGUUGGUUGUUUUUUUAUUAUUAUUAUUAUUAUUAGGAAAAAAAAUAAGUUGACCAAGAGUCAGAUUUAGGUUUCUGUGUCAUAGAUACAUGUAGGAAUAUUGCUUCCUACUCAAAACAUUGUGAUUGUUUGAAAAACAAAAUUGAACAAUAAAUGUCAUGUUUUUUUUCUCAA